UCUCGCGAUCGUCGUUUUUGUUUGUUUGUUUAUUUGUCUGUGAAGUUGCGCGCGCCCGCGUGAGAAUUUCGAACAUUGCACGUCUCCGCUACCGUUGUAAACACGCGAUCGUGUGUGAAAAUUUCCAGCUACUGUGCGAAGCGGAGUUUCCCCUUCGGCAACAGUCUUGUCCUUGAAAGUGUUUUCAAUUGAAUAUUCAUGAAUUUGCAGCAAAACAGCAACAGUUGACUGUUUUUUUUUUGCCCAAGUGUUAUUUUGCAACAGUGCUAGCGAUCGAAAAUGGUGAACAAACAAUACAACGUCCAUAAUCCGAAGCUGUACAAGUCCAAGAGUGGACAAAAUUCUCCACCGCCAAUGCGAAGCUUAUCGGAGGUAUCCAACCAGCCGAAUCCUCCGGAUGUGAGCGGCUCGUUGGAGAACAAUUUGAACCACAGUACAGAACAUCAUCACCAUCACCUUCACCCCCAUCGCCAGCAGAAUCAAAUUCAGAACAACUUGGAUUUGGUGGAUGUUCGCCGUCGUACCGGGGGCUCCAAUACCCCAUCAGAGGAAGAUUUUGGUGAAGAUGGUGUCUACGGUCGAAACAUAACAUACUACAGUGAAACCGCCCAGCUUGGUGGUGCCGGUUGUGAAAGCCCAACAGGCGUCGGGCAGAACGAGCGUCUCAAUGUGAAGGAUUUGACCAUCAAUGACAUUGGCCGAUUUCAGUACAUUUUACAAAUGGAUCGAGAAGUGGGAACACCGUACAGCGGCUACACAUCGUCCUCCUCCCAGCACUCUCCCUCCGCACCAAACUCCCUGCCCAGCCACUUGCACGCAAGCCGCCAGAGUUACAACUUCUGGAAGGCUGGUUCCCAGUCCCCACUGACCAGUGCAUCCUCCGUCAAUUCCUUCUUCCGGCCUUCGUCGCACUCACGCUGCUGCCUGUGGAGUGCCCUCAACCUAAUAUGGCGCUUCAUCAAAUGGCCCCUCGCCCUGCUACUGAUAUGCAGCGUGCUAGGUUUUGUUGUAUACUUCUUGGUUGUAGAUAGGGACAUCAUGAGCAGUUCACUGCUGGGAGAGCACAGCAUCUACGAUGUGGAAGAGAAUCUUUCCAUCGACUUCAACGAUUUUACUAACGCUAAUGAUCUGGACAGCGGCCCGGUGACUACCUUUGGUAGGGAUCAUAAAGACAAAGGAGUUGGGUUCUCCAAAGAUGGCUCAACUCCGAAUUCCAAGUUCUCGUUUGGUCUUAAUAAUGAUCUGCUGGCGAUUUUUGUCAAGAAGACCGAACAGAAUCGUAACGAGAACUUGUGGACCUCCACGGAACACGAGAAUCUAAGCGAAGAAACCCCUGCUACGGUGGAGAAGGUCAGCAGCAGUACAACUCACGCUCCGAUUCGGAAGACCAGCACUAUUUCGCUUAAAGACUACACCAAGGCACGCGUCAACUUCGACGAUGAUGAGUUUGAAGAUGCCAUCAACGAGCAUACGACCAGAGCCAUCGAUGCCGGAAUCGAAACCAAUAAUGGCAGACAGGUGGGAUCAAAAGGAGACGAUGGUUCUCUCCGUUCGUUCGGAUUCACUUCAGGUCAUCAAAAUAGUUUUGGCGUUCCCAUCGAGGAAGAUGAGCGUCUGUUGAGGAUGUUGAAUGAACAAUUGAUGAAACUUGAGAAGCAGAGAGAAAAAAACCUAACCACCACAUCGUCGACCACGGAUUCCAGUCUCUAUCGGACAAAGGUUUCCCCAACGCUGCCCAUACUGUCCCGAUUCGAAAUUACCACCGAAGGUUUGAAACGAUUCAAUAUUUCCGAAGAAGGCAUCUGCAAAUCCACGUCCCUGCCACUUUGCCGAGGAAUCCUUCCCUAUGAUCUGACAACGUUCAAAAAUCGCCACCUUAGCAACAUCGAGUACGAACACUUCCAGUAUCUCAUUAAUUCCAAGUGCUCGGUACGCGUUGCGGAAUUCGUCUGCCUGGUACUGGAACCGGAAUGUCGACCAACAAGGAUGGGAACCCUGAGCCCGUGCAAGAGAAUCUGCAAGUCAAUUCUGGAACCAUGCGCUCACAUCAUUGCCAGUUCGGAGGUGCUGACGGCGACGUUCGAUUGCGAUAGCUAUCCGGAUUCCAACGAUCGAAACGUUUGCGAAGAUCCAACAAGACAGAGCGAAUGCUUUGCCAACGAGUUCCAGUGUGCAGAUGCCAGCUGCAUCCCCCUGCAGUGGAAAUGUGACAACAUCAAGGACUGCCAAAACGGCGAGGACGAAGCAGACUGCAAGUUCUGCGAACGGGACGAAUACCGUUGCCUGUCGAACGACAAAUGUAUUCCGGAUAAAUGGCGAUGCGAUCAGUAUGAAGACUGUCCGGAUGCGUCGGAUGAACUGGACUGCUACUAUGAUGAACCGACCACAUUCCCGACGGGAUUCGGUAGCCAACGGGAGUAUCCAUUCGUACAGGUGCAAGUGCCCAACAGUCCUGUUAAUGGCAAACCAUAUUUGACGAUCACCAACGAGGAUCGGGAACGAAACCAGCAGCAGGAACGUAAGGCUCGUCCCUAUCCAGACUAUGACACCUCGCGAGAGGACGAGUAUGAACCGACUGCUGCAGAGAACGUUCCACAGGUCAAUCGAAGGAACCGAACCGAAACGGUUGAGAACCGAACGGAACGGGUGGAAGAUCAGACCGAAGCGGAAACCAGCCAGACAAUUUCCGUUCCCAAAUCUUUGAGUAACUUUCAGGACAGCAAGGAAAUUAUGAUGACUUCAGAUUCCGAAAAUGACUACAAGUACAGUAGCACAAGUAGGUCAUUCCUUACGACCGCCCACGCAUCGCCUUGUCCCGAAGGGGAACUGCGAUGCGUUAGCGGUAUUUGCAUUUCUGUGAGCCAACUGUGUGAUAAAGUUACUGACUGCGCCGAUGGCGCCGAUGAAGCCAUGUGUGUUUAUAAGGAAUAAUACUCGGUAGAGGAACAAACCGAAUCCAACCAAGACAAAAACUGAAACCAUGACCAGAAAGAUUUUUUAUAUAGCAUAGCACUGCCCAGAGAUUGAUUCUUCUUUCUCCUCUCUUUCCAGUUUAGAAAAGGGAUAUGAUCGAAUUGUAUUUAUAGAGUGAUUUUACCUGUUAACUUGUUAUUAGUGCCGCGGAGCAAUUUGUUAGCCUCAUAAGCCAAGAUAUGGAAGCAUCUACUCUGCAUCACAUUUAUCGUUACCAUUGUUGAAGAGUUACCCCCAUGAUGUGUAUUAUUAGACGAUUAAGCGCUAGGACAUUAUGUGUAAUAAUUAAUAGCAGAUAAGCUGAACGCGUUGGAGUGCCGAAAUAGUCCACAAAAUGGGAAGUUUUGUGGAGCAUAUUACGCGAAGCCAAUGUUUGAAAAUUACAUUCAAAAUUUACGUUCUAAUCGGUAGCAAAGCGUUGUAAAUAAGCCAUUUCUAUCUUUUGACUCAUUCCAUAUAAUCUGUUGUAAAUCUUUUUUCAAUAAAUUUUACGUUGAUUACUUAA